CUCGUCUCCUCAAGGUCGUGUUAGCAUCCUCUCUACGUCCUCUUUGAAAAUAUCGAUGUGCAUAUAUGGGCAAUAAUAUUUCUGACCCGUCUAUUCACUUAGUAAAAAGUGACUGUUUGAGAGGCGGAUUUGCGAUCUAUAAAAAUGAUAAUUAUGAGGUUUCAUUCCAUCAUACUGUUCAACCUACAUAUAACAAGUUUCGCAUUAUCAAGUACCUUAAGACACAUAUGACAGCUAAUAGAAAUGAUGAUUCGCAAAGUGAUGUGAAAAUAAGUACGUGUGCAAACGUGCUUGCGUGUGAUGAUCUACUAAGCUCGUCGAUACCUGUUAGGCUGCGUCAUCCGUCUAUUCUUCGUGUCCACAAGGCUUGUUCUGAUGGACUUAACAGUUUGUACUUGGUGGUUGAAAACUCAGUCCCAUUUAGUGCUUUCGUUACCAAUCCCACAAUGGAUGACCUACUAGCUGGGUCCUAUAGUCUUCUCUCUGCUCUCAACUUCCUGCAUAAUACACUUGGAGUUUCGCACAAUAACGUGGAUACUACCAGCGUAUUUAUUGAUUCGAAUAUGUGUUGGAAGUUGUGCGGUUUUGAGCUCGCGCUGGAAUUUAAGAAUAUGUCUGCUGACCAUAUACGAAGAAUUGAAGCUUUAAAGGGACAACAAGACGCAAAAAUCAUUUACAGAAAAAGUAUUUAACAGGAUAUCAGAAGAGUUAUUUUGUCGCAAUAUUUUACCAAAAAUGUUCGAAAACACUAUCUUUCUUGAUUAUCCGGCUCAAACCCUACUUACGCAGAUUUUCCACGCUUUCGAAGAAAACCUUCAAGAGUCACCCAAAUCCAAAUUGAUCAUAUCUCUUCGAAAUUUUCAGAAGUUUGUCAAUCCUUUAAUUGUUCAGAAAUUUAUGGUUAACGAGAGACACACGCGUAUUUUGUUACUUCAGCACUUCACUGGCUAUUUAAAAAUAUUAACUGAUAGUGAUUUGUUAAAUGUGAUAUUACCACAAAUAUGUCGUGGAGUUUUCGAUAGUCAUAAUGCACUAUCAGUUUUAAGUUUACAAGCGUUAGGAUGUCUUGCUAGUCGUUUGAAUGCUACUGUUGUUUUAAAUCAUUUACGUCGGAUCGAAGAAAGCCUAUGUAAAGCUGGCAGUUUAUGUAAUAAUUUUAAUCAUAGUACGAGCACUGACGGAAAUAAUAGAUUUGUUACUUAUGUAUGGCCUCGUAAUAAUCUAUUUUAUGAAGCUGCACCAAAAAUUAAUCGAACCAAUCGGGAAAUUCCUUUAUGUGAGAAGAAACAAACCCAUGUGUUAAAUGAAUCCAGUCGACCGUUAGCUCAAUUGGCCGUUUUUUCUCCAAAUUAUGAUCCAUCUAUGAAUUCCUGUUUUUUAAGCUGUACGGAUGAGUAAGUUGACUUCUUAGAUAUGCAUAAUUUUAUUUUUCACCUAGAUUACUGUACGACAGUAAUUUGACUUCAUUUAUUUAUUUGAACACAAAUGUUAUACAAAUGAACACCAAAAUUAAUAUACCCCAAGCAAACUAGCGAGUAGAAUUUUGAAGUUAUAGAUACAGAAGAGUAAAUGUAGUUGGAAAAUAAUCAGAUUAGUAAAAAUAAGUGGACGAGAGUCGUGUGUAAUGAAAUAAGUAAUUCAGUUGAGAAAAGUACAACUAGUAAGAAUCUUUUAGUUUAAGAAGUUCCUUUCUCUUUUAAAAGUAAGUAAAAGAAAUCACAACAGAAUCGUCAAUGGUUUCUGUUUUGAGUCAUGUUUGAUAACGUCUCAAGGUACUGAGUUGGACUAUCUCUCGAACCUCAAUUAGGGAGUUGUGAUAGACCGAUAGUUGACAAUUCUAUGCAGCCUUCUUUCAUAUCUCGGCGCCUCGUUAUAAACUGAUUACAUCUUUAUUUUUCCGAGUCAGUCCCAUCGUGAACUAAUAAAGCGACAUCAAAUAAGUUAUCAUUGACAUCCAUAAACACACAUUGCUGAACUUCCUCAUUACUAACAUCGUUUUGCCACUGAAUAUCAACAAUCCUUCAAAGACAGCUAUAGUCGAACACAGAGAGUCGUAUAACAUCCUUAGUUCAAUAAGUUCAGGUUUCGCUUUUUACAGCCAAACUAACAUCACGACACCAAAGAUAAUCGAGAUGAACACUAGCAUAUUUAUUACUACUUGAACGUAUUACAUUUUCAGUCAGCCAGUCAUCUACAACGUAGGACGAUUCACAUAUAUGCGUCGGUCCAAGUUGCCAUACCUUAUUAGCACAACAAGAUGAACACCAAAUUCAUAGAAUUAGUUACUUCACGGAUAGUAAUAUAUGAAAAAAGGUCGCAUAUAAGAUUAUGAUACAGGGAGAAAGAAUUGGUUCGUAGAAAGGAAGGUAUAAAGUAACUUUAAUCUCACCUUUUAAGGGCAGACUAAAUUUUGUAAAUGCCUGUAAAUAAAUUUGAGUAAGUCUUAUUGUAAGUGACACCUUUCAAUUCGUGAAACUAGGAUAUUGCUAUAAAUUUAACAUCCUGACAACGUAUGGCUAAGGGACACUCUAAAGAAGCUAUUUGUACUAACCAGGUAUAUACUAACCAUUUGGCUUGUUCGGUCUGAUCAGGAGCUUGGUAUAUCUACUUCUUGUUGAUAUAAUUCCAAAAUGGUCGGGAGUAAUUUCAAUGAUUGAUAAAAUAAUUUUGUAUUUCAGUAACUUGUAGUUCGCGUAUAAUGGUUUGGAAGUGAUUCAAUAGACUGUCUUCAAUUGAGCAUAAAGAGUUUAAACAUACGAAUUAUAAUUGUGAUAUUCCUCUUUAAUUUUCUUUUAUGAAAUCGGAAUAUCUACCUGCUUAACACGUUUAGUAGCACCAGGUCAAAAGUUGUAUGAUUCGCACUGGUUUGAAUUUCAUUUCUUUAGUGGCUCCACAAUGAAUGGGAACUACUACUCCCACUGUAUCUUAUUUCUAUCGCCUUUGCCUUGAAGUUCCGUAUGACGGAUGAGAGCGCAAUGCUAUACUGCUUGCAGUAAAUUGAUGUUAAUGUAACCUAUGCACAUAGGUCUAUGUACUGCUUGCUUGGUUGGACUAACAAUUAAAAAUUUUAAAUCGUCCUCUCUCUCUCACACACACACCUUUUUUAGACAUAAUAAAUUCGAUGUUGAUGUAGUAGGAGCAUCUUCAAAUUUUUCAAAUUUUGACGCUAGAUUUUUAAAUCGGUCUUUAUAAAACGCAUACACAAAGCGUAAUCAAUUUGAUUUCGUAUGAUUAACCACAAACACAAAAAAUACGUAGUUUACUUUUGGAUUGUUAAAAAAUCUAGAUAUUUAAUGAUAUUUAUCUUUUCAACUUUCUUUCUAGCCUUUCCACUGAUUCUCGUCCAUGGAAUAGUGAGUUUAUUUGGUUUUUAUCAAUAAAUUCGUAAAAAUAUCUUAUGUCAGCUAAGUUGAUAGGAUAUUUCUAAUGUUUUAAUAUUUUCACAGUUGAAAUCACGAGUCGAUCUUAGAUAGACCACUAUUGAAAAUCUGGAGAUACUGGAUGACCGUUUCGUUCUAGUACGGGGCUCCUCAAUAAUACGCACCUACGACCACACAUGGGAUUCGAACUCAGGACCUUCGGUCUCGCGCGCGAACCUAUAAUGUCUAGACCACUGAGUCACCACCCAUCGGUAUUAAUGCCCAACUGUAAUCAAUCUAUUAUCUUGCGUAACCCUCCAUCCAUUGCCUAUGGUAGAUAACGGUCACACUCGACACGAAUUAGACUCCACUGGUCACGACUUUUCAUAUUUUUAGAUUUACAAUGUUUAAUCAUACAGCAUUUUCAUUGUGAAGUCUCAAACGAAUUAAUGUCUUCUAGCUUUAUUUAGCUUUUCAGAUUUCGUAGUCAUAGAUGUCUGCAUAGAUUUUCAAUGUAUUUCAUGAUUACAUGAUGAAAAUAACUAGAAUAGUCCACAAUUAUUUUUUAUAAUGAGAUUUUAAUGCCCUUAAUUUGUGAUUAGUUUGUUUUUCCUGUUGACUAGUUUUCUUUCCCUGUCCACCGAAAUCAUUGUGCUUCCC